CACGGGGUCUCGACCGUUGACCCACGUCAUAUGCCAAGCACGGCCCUUUUGCGCACUGCCGUGGUCCAUCACGCAUACCAUCAGGAUUUAUUCAGCCUCUAGCCGCACUCGACAGCACACGUCAGUGACAAUUGAACCGCAUCCGCCAACAUGGACUACAGUCAGCUCACUGUCGCCAAGCUCAAGGAUGAAUUGAAGGAGCGCGACAUUCCCACCACUGGCCUCAAGCUGAAGAAGGACUACAUCGAUCGCCUGGAACAAGACGAUUCCGAGAAGGCACUCGAGCAACCUGCUGUCUCGCCCAAUCCGCCGGAACAGCCUCUCGACCUCGAGAACCAACAUCAUGAUCUGGCAUCGUCAAAGGACAACGCCGUCGCCUCUCCCACCCCGGCAGCACCUACCAGCGAGGAUAAGCCAGAAGUGCCCGAAUCCGUUGCGCCAACCGAGCUGCCUGACUCAAAUCCUGGCACCGAGACCGAACCUCAAGAACCAAUACCGCUGCCGAUCUCAGAAGCUCCUUCGUCGCUUGAGCAAGAAGAAGCAACCAUGAAGCCGUCACGAACCACUGCUACUCCAGAGCCCGCCUCGUCGGAUGGCAACAAGAGAAAGAGACGUAGCCCCACUCCGCUUCUCUCUGAGGGGGUCGUACACAAGAAGCUGAAGCAAGAGACUGAUGGUCCAUCCGCGCACUUCGCCUCCGACCAAGAACCCAUGGCGAACGAUGUCUCCAUGCCGGAUGCUCCUCUCGAACAACCAGCCACUACCCUACAGCCCAUUCCUACCAGCCAUGAUCUGGCACAGCCAUUCAAUGAUGAUCUCGACAAGACAAAAUCCAUGCGAAGUCCCAAUGAACGCCGUUUCAAGAACCUCGUCAAUCCUGUCGAGUCUGACCCUGCUCAACCUACACCCGAGGCCGCCGAUCUUACCGUAUCACCCGCAAUACACCCUGCCACCCGUGCCCUCUACAUUCGCGAUCUCGUCCGUCCCAUCAAUCCCAGCAGCUUAAGGAACCACCUUGAAGAUAUCGCCCAGCCGCCAGACCGGUCCGGUUCGUCCUCGUCCUUGGUUGAGGAAUGCUAUGUUGAUGCUCUUCGCACACAUGCCUUUGUUCUAUUCACAUCUAUCUCUGCUGCUUCGAGGGCGCGAGCUAGCACACAUGCUCGGAUCUGGCCACCAGAGCCCAUGCGCAAGCAACUGUGGGCCGAUUUCUUCCCAGAUGAGCGCUUCCAAGAAUACCUUGACACUGAGCGAGCGAGCGGAGGCUCAAGACCCAGCCAGGCGAAGCGUUGGGAGCUUGCUUAUAACACUUUGGACGAUGGCGUUGAUGUACAGCUUGUUGAGGCAGGUCCCGCCACUCAUCGUGCUUCGACACAUGCCGGCGCAGCCAACGCACCGCCCACUGGACCGCGAGGUAGCAUGUCAAGUGGAAGACGACCCUCGUUCGCUCAGACCGAGCAGAGGCGCCCUUCCCAGCCCAUUCCUACAUCCGCUCCACGACGCAGCUCAAUGGUGAUUGAAGAAGCAAGUGCCCCCUUUCUGGAACUGGAUAAGCUGUUCAACUUCACGGCGACCAAGCCAAAGCUAUACUGGCAACCAGUAAGUGAGGAUCUUGCAGAGGACAGACUUGACGAGCUGGAUCGUGAGACCAGCAGAGAUUGGGAUCCACGAGCCGACUUCAAGAGAAAUGGUGACUCUCUAGGCCGUGGACUCGAUCAGCUCAAGCGCUACACUUUCGAGGAUGGUGACGUCCUUGUUGAUGGAGGUCCAGAGUUUGGUGGUGGACGCGCUUUUGCACGUGCCGGCAAUCGUGGACGUGGUCGAAGAAAUGGCGACAGCUACCGUGGCCGAUAGAUCCGAGCCAAAUUGCUAGACGGCAUAUAGCUCGGCCCGCGCCACCAAAACAGGUAGGCGUUUCUCGUGGUCGAAACAAUUGGCUAAGAGCGUAACUAUUAGAAGCCUAGAGCGACGAAUGCACCAACACGUCCCCGAAGCUACAAAUAUUUCGAACGUGUGGUUGAGAUUGUCACACGCACUGUGCAACUCUGUGAUUCAUCCAAGUGAAGCAAACUAGUGUGAACAACAAUUUACGUCAAAAGAACCGAGAAUAUUCCUAGACUGGGUAUAUAUUAAAGUGCUUUUCCUAGUGUUACAUGUUUCCGAUUGCGUCGAGCCUACUCAUAGCAAUGCCUCUUGCUUCAUGAAGAACUUCUUGG